AUGGCCUCCGAUUCCAAACAAAGUAAUCAUUUAACAGUUUAUAUACAUUAUAAUGGUUUAUUCGCACCAAAACCAUUACUGUACUUGAACGUUGUUGUUGUUUCAAUCUGUGAUGUCGAUUUUGGUGCAAUGGAUUUCAAAGACUUUAACUUGUUCAUUGCAAAGUUGAUUGAAGCAGUUGUGAUAAUUGAUGAAGCUGGUCUAAGAAUGAAUGUGUAUAUAGACCACGAAAAUGAACCUGUACUUGAUUGGGCUGAUAUGGAAGUAGUGGAAGAUGAUGAAGGGAAUUAUUCUGAGGAAGACCUGGAUGAUGAUAAAGAUUCACAACUUUCUGAUGAUAUUCCAUAUGAGCAUGAAGCAGAUGAUUACAUUCCUUCUCUUGACAAGACUAUUGGUGAUGAAUUCUUACAUCCGGUGUCAGGUAUGUAUAAGGAUAUAAAUGAUGAGGCCGAUACUGAUGAGGUUGAAACCAAGAAUGGAGAUGACAAACCAGUGUACCCUGUCCAUAAUGAGAACUAG